AUGGCUUCACCUACCACCGUGGAAACGUCUGCGACAACGCCGAAUAUCAACCUAAUGGAUCUUCCCUUAGAGCUGCAUAUCCAAAUCGCCUCAUUCUUAUCAUAUCCCGACGCUCUCGCGUUGAAACACUCUUGCAGCCACUUCUAUUACAUGGUCUACACGGGCGUACACCUAAAAGUGAACUGGCUGGUCGAGCGCUUUGAACGAAAACUCGAAUGUCCCAUGGAAAAAUGCUCAUUCCGCACCGACGAGGCCUUCUGCAACUGGCGAAUACGUCGGAUCAUGGAGCGGCGCCGGCAGCAUCUUGAAUGCCGACGCGCCCCUGGAGGCUGUUGGGUCGUUGAAGGCCGGACGUGUCAACCAGAUCUUGUUGCAUUGUGGUUGAAGGGACGAGGACCGAGGAAGUUUGUGAAGUCACUAGCUACGCUGGGUCGUGAAGCAUUGAUUGUCGGGGCUUUUGCAAUGUUGCUGGAGAUGCUGUGGCGUCUUGCACAAAACCGCGUUUUCAAUUGGCUUGCGAAUGAGGUAGUGACUGAAUGA